UACACUGCGGCUCUCAUCCUCCGCCGCGUCCUGGUGCCGGACACUGGCCCUGAAUACGCUGUGCUGGCCGGUGUCCACGCUGCCCCGAGGCUCCGAGCUGGCAGCUGCAGCAGUGUGUGCGCUGACCAGCGGGAAGGAGCGCUACAAGGAGCCGCUGGGAUAAAGCCGACUCCACACCGUCUCACUUGAGGAGGAGGGGUCCGGAGCGCAGCGCGGGGACCUGAAGACUGUGGAGAUGGCGAAUGCGUCUCCGGACCUGGACAACGCCGAGGCCCAGCGGCAGCUCCACAACAACAACCGGCCGCUCUCCUCAGCAUUCUGGGAAACUGAGUGCACCAGCUCCAAGCUCUUCGAGUGCUCGCGGAUCAAGGCUCUGGCAGAUGAACGGGACGCUGUGCAGAAGAAAACCUUCACCAAAUGGGUGAACUCUCACUUGAGCCGCGUGUCCUGCCGCAUAUCUGACCUGUACACCGACCUGCGCGACGGAUAUAUGCUCACCAGGCUGCUGGAGGUGCUGAGCGGAGAGCUGUUGCCCCGCCCAACGCGCGGCCGCAUGAGAAUCCACUGUCUGGAGAACGUGGACAAAGCUCUGCAGUUCCUCAAAGAGCAGCGCGUGCACCUGGAGAACGUGGGCUCUCACGACAUCGUCGACGGAAACCACAGGCUCACGCUGGGCCUCAUCUGGACCAUCAUCCUACGCUUCCAGAUCCAGGUGAUCCGCAUCGCCACAGAGGACAACAGAGAGACACGCUCGGCCAAAGACGCCCUGCUACUGUGGUGCCAAAUGAAGACAGCCGGGUAUCCCGAGGUCAACAUCCAGAACUUCACCACAUGUUGGAGAGAUGGACUGGCAUUCAACGCCCUCAUCCACAGACACAGACCGGAUCUGAUGGACUUCCACAAACUGACCCGCUCCAACGCCACCCACAACUUGCAGCAGGCCUUCACCAUCGCAGAGCAGCACCUGGGACUCACCAAGCUCCUGGAUCCUGAAGAUGUGAACACGGAGAACCCUGAUGAGAAGUCCAUCAUCACAUACGUGGUCUCCUACUAUCACUAUUUCUCCAAGAUGAAGGCUCUGAUUGUGGAGGGCAAGCGCGUUGGCAAGGUGCUUGACAAAUGCAUCGAGGCAGAGAACGUCAUCCAGCGGUAUGAGGCGCUGGCAUCCGAGCUGCUGGACUGGAUCGAGAAGACCAUUUCCAUCAUCAGUAACCAGAAGUUUGCCAACUCUCUGAGCGGUGUUCAGCAUCAACUGCAGGCCUUCACCAGUUACUGCACCGUGGAGAAGCCAAGCAAGUUCCAGGAGAAGGGGAACCUGGAAGUGCUACUCUUCACCAUCCAGAGCAAACUGCGCGCCAACAACCAGAAGCCCUAUGUGCCUCAGGAGGGCAGGCUGCUUGCUGACAUCAACAAGGCCUGGGAGAGACUAGAGAAGGCGGAGCAUGAAAGAGGCGUAGCCCUGCGAAAAGAGCUGAUUCGUCAGGAGAAACUGGAACUGUUGGCCCAGCGUUUCGACCACAAGACCACCAUGAGGCAGGCCUGGCUGAAUGAGAACCAGCGGCUGGUAUCACAGGACAACUUUGGCUACGACCUGCCGGCUGUGGAGGCCGCCAUGAAAAAGCACGAGGCCAUUGAGGCAGACAUUGCUUCAUAUGAGGAGCGCAUCAGUGUGGUGGUGGAACUGUCCGCAGAGAUGGAGGCUGAGUCAUACUAUGAUAUCCGCCGCAUCCUGGCCCGCAAAGAGAACAUCCUGGGCCAGUGGAGCCUGCUCAAGGAGCUGGUGGCAGGGCGCAGGGCCCGGCUAGAGAAGAACCUGGCUCUGCAGAAGACCUUCCAGGACAUGGUCUACAUGAUUGACUGGAUGGAGGACACUCAGAUCCAGCUACUGUCCAGAGAUCUAGGGAAGCACCUUCUGGAGGUGGAUGAUCUGCUGCAGAAGCACAGUCUCCAGGAGGCAGACAUCAGCAUCCAGGCCGAGAGAGUGGAGCUGCUUAACAACGCUGCGCUCAAGUUCACUACCAUAGACGGAUACCAGCCAUGUGACCCUCAGGUGAUCUGUAACCGUGUCAGUCAUGUGUCCUCAUGCCUGGAGGAGCUCAAACUGCUGGCCUCCAAAAAACGUGAGGAUCUGGAGGAGUCCCGGAUGCUGUGGGCCUUCUUCCAAGAGUUGGAGGAGUCUGAAGUUUGGAUCAAGGAGAAGACCUCGAUCCUGGCGACACAGGGCUUGGGCAAAGACUUGACCAGUGUGUUACGGCUGCUGCAGAAGCACAAGGGUCUGGCUGGAGAGCUGCUGGCCCACCGCUCCCUGCUGCAGAGCACCAUGAAGCAGGGCAAGCAGCUAUUGAGUGAGAAGAGCCUGCUAGCUGUGGGAAUCCAGGAGCGCAUCCUGGAGGUGAAGGAGGAGUGGAAACAUCUAGAAGAGCAGGCUGCACAGCGCCUUGGACACCUACAGGAGGCACUUAACUUCUUCCAGUUCUCCACUGAGAUGGAUGACCAGGUGGCCUGGCUGCAGGAUGCCUACCGCCUGGUCUCCAGCGAGGACUUUGGACAUGAUGAGUACUCCACCCAGUCUCUGCUGAAGAAGCACAAAGGAGUCACCGAAGCUGUGGAAAAGCACCGCAUGCAUGUAGUGGCCCUUCGUAAGCACAUGGUGGCACUGCCCCUGCAAUACCGCGAACAGGAGGAGGUGCAGGUGCGGGUCAGUGACUUGGAGCAGCUUUAUACUGAGGUGGUGGAGGUGGCCGUGCUGAGGCAGCAAUGGCUCUUAGACGCUCUGGCCGUGUACCGCAUGUUCAGUGAGGUCAACGCCUGUGAGCUGUGGAUCGAUGAAAAGGAGCAAUGGCUGGACAAGAUGGAGAUCCCUGAACGGCUGGAGGAAGUGGAGGUGGUGGCUCACAGGUUUGAGAGCCUGGACCAGGAGAUGAACAGUCUGAUGGGCCGGAUCCUGGACGUGAACCAGAUGGUGCAGCAGCUCCUGGACGGGGGCCACCCUUCAUCUGCAGAAGUCCGGGGCUGCCAAGACCAUCUCACCUCCAGGUGGAACAGCAUUGUGGAGCUGGUGGAGCAUAAGAAGCACCAGCUGGACUCCAUGCUCCGGCUGCAGAACUACCUCCUGGAGUGUGCCGAGAUCAAGUCCCACAUUCAGGAGAAGAGGAAGGCCAUUGAUGCCACUCAGUACGUGGGCAGUGACCUAGGUGGGGUCCUGGCCCUGCAGCGUCGCCUCUCCACCAUGGAGGGUGCUCUGUCUGUGCUUGAGCCCAAACUACUGCAUCUGCAGGAAGAGGCAGAGCACCUGGCCACAGCCCACCCGGCACGCGCUAUGGAGGUUUUGGUGGCGUUUGAUGGCCUCAGUGUGGAGUGGGAGGAGCUGAAGAGGACACUGCAGGGCUGUGAAGACUCCCUGAUGGUGGCCAGCCGCCUGCAGAGCUUCAUCCAGGAUCUGGACUCGUUUCUGAGCUGGUUGGUCCAGACACAGACAGCAGCAGCCUCUGAGCAGCUGCCCAACGACCUGCAGGAGGCUGAGACACUGAUCAACAAGCAUGCCACACUUAAGGAGGAGAUCGGACGGUAUGAGGAGGACUAUGAGCGACUGCAGAGCAUGAACGAGCUGCUGGAGUCAGAGGAGGCCCCUCUGCCUCAGGUUGCGCUGCAGCAGUGGCUCCACAAAUUGGAUGUGGGCUGGAACAAGCUGCUGGAGAUGUGGGAGAGCCGACGUGAUGUGCUGGUGCAGGCUCACAUCUUCCACCUGUUUUUGAGGGAUGUUAAACAAGCUGAGUCCUUCCUCAACAACCAGGAGUCAGCACUGGCACACGUGGAGCUGCCCACCACAGUAGAGACGGUCGAAGCUGCCAUAAAGAAACACAAGGACUUCACCAACACUAUGGAGCUCAACCUGCACCGCAUCAAAGCCGUGAUCGAGGCUGGAGAGAGUCUGAUCAGCCAGAACAACAUCUACAGCGAACGCAUUCAGGAGCGCAUCGAUGCACUGGCCUACAGGGGCACUCAGAACAGAGAGAUGGCGCAGUGUUGGCUGGAACGACUCAACGAUCAGUGGGAGCUGCAGAGGUUCCUACAGGACUGCCACGAGCUGGGAGACUGGGUGUGUGAGAAGAUGCUGAUGGCGAGGGACAGCAGCAGAGACGAGACCCAGAAACUGCAUAAGAAAUGGCUGAAGCAGCAGGCCUUCAUGGCGGAGCUUGCCCAGAACCGAGAGUGGCUGGACAAGAUUGAGAGGGAGGGCCAACAGCUGAUGCAGGAGAAGCCGGAGCUGAGCGCAGGCGUGCAGAGAAAGCUGGAGGAGAUGAGGGAGUGCUGGCAGGAGCUGGAGAGCACCACCCAGGCCCGGGCCAGGCAGCUGUUUGAGGCCAACAAGGCCGAGCUCCUGGUGCAGAGCUACGAGAGCCUGGACCAUCGUCUGGGACAGCUGGAGGAGCAGCUGGCCUACGUGGACCAGGGACAGGACCUGACCAGCGUCAACAAGCAGCUCAAGAAGCUGCAGGGCAUGGAGAGCCAGGUGGAGCAGUGGUGCCUGGAGGCCGGUCAGCUGCAGAGCCAGACGUGCUCCCUCCCCGAGCAGGGCCACACCAAAGGCAGCGUGGAGCAGCGGCAGGCGGCUGUGGAGGCCCGCAUGGUGCGCCUCAUCCAGCCACUCAAGGAGAGACGCCGUCUUCUACUGGCCUCCAAAGAACUGCAUCAAGUGGGCCGUGACCUGGAGGAUGAGAUUCUGUGGGUACAAGAGCGCCUCCCUCUGGCCAUGUCUCAGGAGCACGGAGGGAGUCUGCAGGCAGUGCAACAGCUCAUGAAGAAGAAUCAGACCCUACAGAGGGAGCUGGAGGGCCACCGUGGCAGAGUGGACGAUGUGUUGGAGCGGGCAGCAGUCAUUGCCUCUCUACGGAGCCCCCAGGCAGACAGCGCCAGGGCCGGCCUGGAGCAGCUGUCCCAGCUCUGGUCUCUGCUGUGGGCAGAGACGGAACGCAGGCAGCUGGUGCUGGACGCCAUGUACCAGGCACAGCAGUACUACUUCGACACAGCCGAGGUGGAGGCCUGGCUCAGCGAACAGGAGCUGCACAUGAUGAAUGAGGAAAAGGGCAAGGAUGAGCCUAGCACCCUGCAGCUGCUCAAGAAGCAUCUGGUCCUGGAGCAGACCAUCGAGGACUACGCCGAGACCAUCGGCCUGCUGUCCCAGCAGUGCAGGCAGCUGCUGGAGAUGGGACACCCGGACUGUGAGCGCAUCAGUAAGCGGCAGGCGCAGGUGGACCGUCUUUACGUGUCUCUGAAGGACCUGGUGGAGGAGAGGAAGAGCCGCCUGGAGCAGCAGUACUGGCUCUACCAGCUCAACCGUGAGGUGGAUGAGUUGGAGCAGUGGAUCGCUCAGAGGGAGGUGGUGGCCAGUUCCCCGGAGCUGGGCCAGGACUACGAGCACGUCACUGUGUUACAGGAGAAGUUCACUGCCUUUGCCUCCGAGACGGGCAGUAUUGGGCUGGAGCGCGUGUCUGCUGUGAACCAGAUGGUGGACGAGCUGAUCGACUAUGGGCACGCGGAGGCAGCCACCAUCGCAGAGUGGAAGGAUGCGGUGAAUGAGGCCUGGGCCGACCUGCUGGAGCUGAUGGAGACACGUGCUCAGAUGCUGUCUGCCUCACACCAGCUGCACAAGUUCUUCUCCGACUGCAGAGAGGUUCUAAACCAGAUCUCAGAUAAACACCGGCGGCUUCCAGAGGUCCAGGCACGACAGGGCACCAACAGUAGCACCCUGCAGAGACUGCUGCACACGUUUGAGCAGGACAUACAGCACCUGGUCACACAGGUUCGGCAUGUGCAGGAGAGUGCGGCACAGCUCCGGGCUGUGUAUGCAGGGGAGAAAGCCGAGGCCAUCGCGUGUCGGGAGCAUGAAGUAAUGAUGUGCUGGAAGGAGCUGCUGAGCUGCUGUGAGGAGUGCCGUGUACACAUCACCACAGAGGCAGACAAACUGCGCUUCUUCAGCCUGGUAAGGGACCAGCUCAUGUGGAUGGACUCCAUCAUUUGCCAGAUCGGCACCGGAGAAAAGCCCAGGGAUGUGUCCUCUGUGGAGGUCCUCAUGAACUAUCACCAGAGUUUAAAGAGUGAGGUGGAGGCACGUAGAAACAGCAUGGUAGAGUGUGUGGAAAUGGGGAAAACCCUGCUGGCCGCCCGCAAUCCUGCAGCCCCAGAGAUCAAGGAGAAACUGGACAAGGUGCUCUCUAAGCAGCAUGAGCUCUCAGAGAAGUGGGACAAACAUUGGGAGGUGCUACAGCAGUUGUUGGAGGUGCACCAGUUUGCCCAGGAAGCAGUGGUGGCAGAGGCUUGGCUCACUGCACAGGAGCCCCUGCUGAACAGCUCUGAGCUUGGCACCAGUGUGGACGAGGUGGAGCAGCUGAUCCGGCGUCAUGAGGCCUUCCGUAAAGCAGCCGCUAGUUGGGAGGAGCGUUUUAGCUCUCUGCGCCGCCUCACCUCUGUAGAGAAACUGAAGGCAGAGCAGGGGAAGCUCCCCCCCACGCCCUUGCUAGGCCGAAAGGUCUUCCUGGAGCCCCAGGACCCUCCAGGUCAACCCCCUGUGUCUCCUGUCAUGAGACAGACCAUCUAUGAGCAGACGGAGCCCAGCUCCCCCCCUUCUUCCGCAGGGCGCCGCCUCUCCUCUUUGGCCCCUAACUACAGUCCUGUGAUGAACUGUUAUCGCGGCACCUCUGACCCGCAGCAGAGUGGGGCUGUGGUGGGCGUGGCUGCUGGAGUGGGCCAACCAACUCUAUCAUCUAUUGCUUCCAUUGCCACUGCCGCCAUGCUGGUGUCAGCCAAUCAGGCACGGGAAGGCGCGAGUGCUGUCAGAAGCAAGGCUUCAAAAACUUUGAGCCCUCUCCAGAGUGGGCAAGCUCCUGAGGAACCAGAGCCCAAGUCACAGUACCUACGGCAGCCCAAGAUCAAGCACCUGGACGAUGUUGUGACCCCACUGCUGGUGGCCAGUCGCCUGGAGAAGUCUCGUGAGAGAGGGCGCGAGAGGGAGUCGGGUCCAGAUAGAGACGUCAACAUCAUGGCUGAAGUGGUGCUACAAGACCCCUGUCGAGAAAGGCUGCACAGUGAACCCACUAGAGGGCCCCGAGGGUCCCGAACAGAAGUCCCAGGCCAUGCCCAGCCCCAGGCCUACCACAAAGAACACAAGAUGGAGCGCCCCCUUUCCAGUGAGCAGCUGAUCCAGGCCCGCAGAGACGAGCUGCCGCAGGAGGUGUGGAGAGAGCAGGAACGCAGGCGCACUCUGGAGAGGCAGACGUCCAGUGAACACGAGGGCCCAGGAGGCCAUGAGGCCCGGCGCAGAGAGAGAGACCGGCACAAGCCGGAGCGUCAGGAGUCUAGUGAGCCAGAUAGGGAGCACUCUGACCGCCGUUCAGCUGGAGGGGAGAAGAGGUCCACCAUGGCUGAGAUAGUAGAGCAGAUCCAGGAGAGAGAAGCAGCUCAGGCUCGGGGAGAGGUGCCUCGCCUGCCCAAUGGUCUCCCGGAAAAGUCUUCCCGCCCCGAACGCCCGCGAGCUCGGGACAGGCCUAAACCUCGACGCCGACCCAGACCCAAAGAGGGAGGGGAGCCCAGCAGGAGGUCUAGGUCUGCCCCGGCUCAGAGCCCAGCUACACCCCAGCCUCCCACACACACAGCCCAUCAGGAGGGUUUCUUGUUCCGCAAGCUGGACAUUGAGAGCAUGAAGAAGAGCACUAACAGCAGGUCCUGGGUGAACCUGUACUGCGUGCUCAAUAAAGGCGAGCUGGGCUUCUUCAAGGAUGCCAAGAGCACUGGCACGCCUUACAACAACGAGGCUGCCCUUAGCCUGGGCCACUGCCAAUGUGAUGUCACCAACGGCUACAAGAAGAAGAAGAACGUUUUCACACUCAAGACAAAAGACGGCAGUGAGUACCUAUUUCAUGCAAAAGAUGAGGACGACCUGAAGGCCUGGGUGGGCAGUAUCUCCACCAGUAUCUCGGAGCAUGAGGAAAUUGGCAAAUGGGGCCAGCCUCAACCCACUACCUCAUCCACAGACGAGGGCACGCGGCGGGAAGGCAGUAAGGCCGACAACCGCUCUGACAGGGGUCCAGACCGGGGGUCUGACCGGGGCCCCGAUCGGGGACCUGAUCGGGGACCUGAGAAAGAAAAAGACAGAGUUGAGCGCUCUGAGAAAACUGUAAAAUCUGACUCAAAACGCUCUGAAAAAUCAAGCAAGAAGAAGUGAGCAGAGAAAAUUCUGUUGCUACUGUAGAGCCUCCUCUGUCCAGGAUGGACUGCAUAGGACAGCGGAGGACAGUGGGGAAGCAGAAGAAUACAGCUCCAGAGAGCUCUCCAGCACUGUUGAGUAAACCAAGCGUAGCCCUAAUGUUUUCUGUUUGUUUUGUGUGAAAUGAGCAGUGUCUGUCUGAGUCCAUCUGUGUCUCUGAAUAUGAAGAUGUCUCAUGUCUUUAUUUUGUUGGAGUUGGACACCUGAGGACACCUGGAAGACACUUGAAAGACACUUGGAGGUAGACUCCUGGCUUGGUCCGGAGCCUGACCAUAAUGCAUUUUGAGCAGAUAAAAGGACACAUCUUGACUUAACUUGACUUGAAUCAAGUCCCACAGAAGUUCAUCUUUCAGAAGCACAUGCUAAUCUUUUCUUUAGUCUUGGGUCUUCCUCUGGGCUUCUAGUUUGGCAUUUCUAACCUCAGAUAUCCCUCCUUUGUAUGUGUGCAAAGCAUCUCCAUUCCACAGAACAUAUCAGCUGUCUCUGAAUACUCCCUCUUAAUGUCAGUUAGUCAGUCAUCCUAAAAGUACAGUAGUUUUAUAUUGACUCUCCAUGUUUCUUUUUAAAUUGAAUUUUUAAUUUACAAGAGGGAACCAUGUGUACUUCUCACGGAACUUCGCAAAAAUGCUCCUCCGUCACUUCCUCAGAACAUCUCACUGUACUCCUUCAUUUCCUUAGAACAUCACACUCUUCCUAGAACAUCUCACUCAUCUUAGAAUAUCUCACUUGCCUUUCUAUACAAUUUUUGUUGUUUUCUUAAGAAAUAACUUUAUUUUGAAGACUGAAGCCAUAGUCUGUGACAGAGAUUUACAAAUGUGUCUGUAGGAACUACGGUUUUGUCCCGUUGGGAAUUCUGUCCUUGGACCGAUCUUGGUUGUGAGUACCUUAGCUUGGAGGAUUAGCUGUGCAUGUAAUUGGUUAGUGACAUUUCAGAAUCCACUCGCCUUUAGUAAAAAGCACAAGUCCACAUGUUCCUUCCCAAAGCCAUGUUCCAGCAGGACCUUCAGCAUCUUCAGAAGGGUGUAAACAUUUGCUGUGAACUGACUGUUAAAAAUAGCAGGGCUGCUUCUAGUUUGUGGGGAACUAUACAAGAUGUUGUUUGGGGGGGGCUCCAUUCACCUGAACUGACCAACCAACUGAAAGAGAUUGCCAUGAUGAUUUAUGUGAAUUUCUUUGCUUGUACCUAAAAGCGAACUGCAAUGGAUGAAAUGUUCUGGUUUGAUGCUAGUUUAGUUUUGAUGUAGACUUUGGUUUGAUUGUGCUCUAGUCCUGCUUUAGCCAGUCCCUUCUACAUUCUCUUCAAAGCUAGAAGGAUCUGGAAUCGUGACAAACCUGCCUCCCAACAUGGACAGUCCAACCACAGCCACUAAUUUGUAGCAUGUGUCUCUCAAAGGCAGGAGACAGACAAUAUUCCAUCAUAUUUUUCUGUAUUGGCACAGAUAUUGGUGCAUCCCUAUUCAGAACAAAAUCACUUCUUUUACCUGAUAUAAAUAAGAAUUCUGUGCUUCCAUUGA